CGUACUACAUAUAUUUAUUCCCUAUAUGUACCUAUUGUAUGUAAUUUUGCGGUAUUUAUACACAGUGUUAUAAAAACUGUAUUCUCCAUCUAGUAGUACAGUAAUAGGGUAGGGCAUGCUAGAACUUAGUAGCCCUCGCACGUAUCGCUGAGCGCCUCGCAUGGUUCCAAAGUCUAGUGGGAAUGUGAACACCCUGGAGGCGCCCCCCUCCCCGCCCCCCGGGCAAUGCGCAGCGUUUUUGAAUCCGGGCAGCGUCUUACCGGAGCUAAGCAGCCGCUGCUGGACCUGGGCAUGCGGGUCGUGCUCUCACCGUCCCAGUGGCACAACCGUAGCGCGCGCAACCGCCGCACUCGAGAUUCGGAAGAGAAGCAGAUGUAGCACGGCCUCAGCGCCCGCAUUUCUCAGAUCAUCACCCACGCCAUCGAGGGCCCCUUGCAAGCGCCUUUUGAACGCAGCAGACAAGCUAAGCCGAGGCCUCGCGGCUUCCAGUGCACUACGCAGGAGGAGUACAGAAAUGCCCGCUGUGCUCAGGUCGACGGCCUUGACCAGCGCCGCCAGGUCUGCACUCUUGGCGAGGCUGUCGGGGAGUGUGGCCAAGGUGGUAGGGGCCUUAGUGCUCAAUCUUCUGAUUUUCUGCCUGCCUCAGGUACUUUUUGUGCAGGCUGGACUGAAUUGACUGGAAUCUCUCCACAACGGAUC